AUGCCCAUUACUUUUGGCGCAGUCGGCGACAUCAUUUCUGUAUGCCUCCUUGUGAAAGAUCUCGUUGACGCCCUUGACGAGGCACGCGGCUCCAAGGCUGAAUACCAAUCCGUUGUUCGCGAACUCUGGAUCCUUGACCGAGCGCUCUUAGAGAUCGAUCUGCUCACAAGAACGCAUGAAAAUGGAGCCACGCCUGAGCUUCGGAGCUUAUGCGAAACGGCACAACGCGCUGCGGCUAAAUGUAAGAGCCUGGUGGCCCAAUUCCUAGAACGGAUGAAGAAAUAUAAAAGGGCAUUUGAAGACGAAAACAAGGUGAAGAAGGCAGUCAUGGGAGUGCGAUGGCGCGUGGGUGAAAGAGAGGCGGUGGAGCGAUUUCGUGUAGAAAUCGUGGGGACGAGCUCGAGCCUGCAGAUGCUACUGGCGACAGCCAAUGUGAACUUGCUAGCCCUUAGUAGGAGGGACGUCAAAGAUCAGUUGAAUCAGAUCGAGCAGCAUAACGAACAGCGAGAUUCAAGCCAGCAGGCGCUACUGCUAAAUAUCAAGGACCGCAUUGACAAUGCUACGCAACAUGUUACCAACGGCAACACAGCCAUAAGUAAAAUAGUAGAUGCUCUGAGGCUCGACUGGCUACGACGACUGGGAUCUGACCUGAAGUCACUCAUGCACAAGGUGAUAGCCACGAAUAUUGCAACCUAUCAUGCCGUGGUAAGCAUUCAAACUGUUCUCUCAAGCCGCCUCGAACGCACCCUCAUUGAAGAACCCAUAAUAUUGGAGGAUCCAAUCGGUCGCAUAGCACCUGUCCACCUACAAUUUGUUACUUCUUGGGACGCGUUCAAUGCUGUGCUCGAAAUUCGGUUCCGCAAUUUGCAGGGCUUCAAGAAAAUACAAGACAAGCAGUAUGGACUUCAAGAGAAGGCUACAAGGAGGGAAAUUGACAAAUCACGUCCUUGGCAAAGAGCUUUCCUACCUGGCCAGCGAAUCGAAAUGAGUUUCAUCUUCCGCAGUGACGACAGGGGAGAACCUGAAAAUGAAGAUGCCAAAACCAUCACGUGCCCUGGAUGUCAGGCUUCCUCGCCGCAUCCGAAUGACACCGAGACGCAGUGCUCUACCUGUUCGAUGUGGUUUCGCAGAAUUACUGUCGUCACAGAAGUGGAAGCACCGUCACCCAUCCCGCUACCCAACCCUUGGAAAUCGACAGCUGCAUUCGGGAAGCCAAGCUUCUCUGCGCAAUUAAGCGGCCCACUUAAACCGGGCAAGCGUAGAGUGACGCAAGAUGAUCUAGAGGGCGAGGACGAUAUGCGGGAAUUCAAGAGGGUGAGGCUUGUGGCGGAAAGGAAGCGCGUCAAAAGGCAGACCGUCUUCAACGUCAAUGCCGAGAAGACGUACGCAACAUUCUCCAAGAUAUCCGUAUCACCAAGUUCGAACAGCUCAAAGUUUGCUACGCAGGCAGACCCAUUGCCUGCGAAGAACAAUCUAGGAGCAUCCGAUGUUCCUCCGCAGCACCGACCAGAAGACCAUGCUUUCGAUAUUAAGGUAGAGCUAGAAAAGGCUCGUCAGGUUGGUCUGACAUCGCGAGUUCCCGGAGAAUAUUCCAAGCGUCCGCAUAGCGCAACUUUCGUAGAGCAGCAGGAGCCAGUAACGGCGGUAUACUACAAUAUCUCCGUCGUCGCCACUCCCUUCCUGUGCUCUGCUGUGUCGAAGAAACAACCUUUCUCGCCUCCCGCGAAACAGUCGUAUCAUUGUUUCAAGGGCAAGUUCCUGUAG